UUCCCUGAAGCAAUAUUGAGAACCGCCACCGUCUCCAGCCCCCAACUGCAUGGUCGCCCAUUACAGAAUGCUUUGUGUCCUAACAUAAUCAGUUAAUUUGUAACUCCUGGAAUUAGGAAAUCUUUUAAAAGGCUCUCCAAAGGCAGCUGCUGAAUGUGAAACCCGACAGACAGGUGCUGGUGGCGGAGAGGGUCGGUCACAGUUUAGGCCAAAAUGUCCAAAUUGGUGGAAUGUGUACCAAAUUUCUCAGAGGGGAAGAACAAAGAGGUUAUUGAUGCACUGGCUGCAGCCAUCUCUCAGACCGCAGGAUGCCGCUUGUUGGAUGUGGACCCUGGAGCUUCUACAAACCGCACAGUGUUUACCUUUGUGGGCAGCCCAGACGCGGUAGUUGAAGGUGCUCUGAAUGCAGCACGUGUGGCUUUCAAGACAAUUGAUAUGCAAAAGCAUAAAGGUGAACAUCCUCGCAUGGGGGCUUUAGACGUCUGCCCCUUUAUUCCUGUGCGGAAUGUGACAAUGGAGGAGUGUGUAACCUGCGCUAAUCGCUUUGCUGAGAGACUGGUCGAAGAGCUGCAUGUUCCAGUGUACUUGUAUGGAGAGGCUGCUCGGAGUGAGAAUCGCAGAUCCCUUCCAGCGGUGAGGGCUGGCGAGUAUGAAGCUCUGCCCACCAAGCUGCAGAAUCCAGAGUGGGCUCCAGAUUAUGGGAAGCCAAUCUUUGUUCCCAGUUGGGGAGCAACUGUGAGUGGAGCACGCAAGUUUCUGAUAGCUUAUAAUGUGAACCUUUUGAGCACCAAGGAACUGGCCCAUCGGAUUGCCUUGAAUAUUCGUGAAGGGGGGCGUGGAAAAGGACAGUCUGGACGUCUCAAGAAGGUCCAAGCUAUCGGAUGGUUUCUUCAAGAGGAGAAUUUGGCUCAAGUGUCAACAAAUCUUUUGGAUUAUGAGAUAAGCUCACUGUACAUGGUAUACGAGGAAGUUUGUAAAGAUGCGAAAGAGUUGAAGCUACCUGUACUUGGCUCCCAGCUUGUUGGUCUUAUCCCACUCAAAGCUCUUAUGGACACUGCAGAGUUCUAUAUCCGAGAGGAAAAACUGUUUAUACUUGAGGAGGAUCACAAAAUUCGACUGGCAAUUAACAGGCUUGGUUUGGACUCGCUGUCUCCUUUUGAACCAAGGAAAAGGAUCAUUGAGUACCUGGUCCAGGAUGAGCUAUCUGAUGCUGUUCUUGUUAAACAGACUUUGCAAGGGUUUGUGCAAAGUGUAGGGGCUCGCUCUGCCACUCCUGGGGGAGGCUCUGUGUCUGCAGCUGUGUCUGCCAUGGGGGCAGCUCUGGGCUGCAUGGUCGGUCAGAUGACCUAUGGGAAACGUCAGUUUGAAUCGCUGGAUGAUGUCAUGCGGGAGCUGAUUCCUCCCCUCCAUGCAGCAGCGGAACAACUCCUGUUAAUGGUUGAUGCUGAUUCUAAAGCUUUUGGAAGCUACAUGGCAGCUUUGAAGCUUCCAAAAGAAACUACAGAAGAGCAACUAAAGCGCUUUAAUGCCCUGCAAGAUGGUUUGAAGGAAGCAGUAGGUGUGCCUUUGAGUUUGGCUGAGAAAAUCAACACUUUGUGGAAGCCACUCCUGGAACUGUCGAAACAUGGAAACUCUGCAUGUAUAUCUGAUUUGCAGGUUGCAGCCAAAGCGUUAGAAACUGGUGUAUUUGGAGCUUACUUUAACGUCCUGAUCAACCUGCGAGAAAUAAAGGAUGACGAGUUCAAAAAUCAGACUCAAAAGAAAGUUUCUCAACUACUGGAAGAGGCAAAGAACUGUGCACAGUCUGUACUGCAAGUGUGCGAGGGUCGACUCUAAGUAUAAUGCAAUUAAUAUGCAAUCUUUAAUAAAAUAACCUUUCCUUCUA